AUGGGUUAUGGGCAACUGACUUCGGAAAGAUCGGGGAGCCCCACUGGAAGAAGGCUCAGGAAACGCAGAUUUCUGGUAGAAGAUGUAGACACAGACCUGAAGGGUCCAAUAAGGUACAUCGAACCUGCUGCUGCAUCAGAUGAGAGAGAGCGGUUAAAUUCAGUUUUUCGUACUCUUUUUAUCUUGCAGGUUGAAAAUGUGAAAUUACUAGAUCGCUAUACAAAUAAGAAGGCAGCAAAUGGGACGUUAUACCUGACAGCUACUCACCUAAUCUAUGUGGAGGCUUCUGCUGAAGCCAGAAAAGAAACAUGGAUUCUGCAUCACCAUAUUGCAACGGUAGAAAAAUUGCCUCUGGCCACAGCUGGAUAUCCACUCCUUAUUCACUGCAAGAACUUCCAUGUGGCUCACUUUGUUAUUGGGCAGGAACGUGAUUGUCACGAAGUGUAUACCUCGUUGCUUAAACUUUCACAACCAGUGAAACCCGAAGAACUUUAUGCUUUCUCUUAUAAUCCUAAAAUGUCUAAAGAGAACCGGGAGAUUGGAUGGAAGUUGAUUGAUUUAAAAGUAGAUUACCAGCGUAUGGGAAUUCCAAAUAACUAUUGGGAAAUAACGGAUGUUAAUAAAGACUAUGAGGUUUGCAACACAUAUCCUCCAGAAAUAGUGGUGCCUAGAGCUGCUAAUAAGGCAGUGGUGAUCGGAAGUUCAAGGUUCAGAAGCAGAGGGCGGAUUCCAGUGCUUUCUUACUUGUAUAAAGAAAACAAUGCUGCCAUAUGUCGUUGUAGCCAGCCUCUCUCCGGGUUCAGCGCACGCUGUCUGGAGGAUGAACAGAUGCUGCAGGCGAUCAGAGAAGCCAACCCUGGGAGCCCCUUCAUGUAUGUUGUAGACACAAGGCCAAAGUUAAAUGCCAUGGCCAACCGAGCUGCUGGGAAGGGUUAUGAGAAUGAAGAUAAUUACGAUAACAUUCGCUUUAAAUUUAUUGGCAUAGAAAACAUCCAUGUGAUGCGGAACAGCUUGCAGAAACUCCUGGAAGUGUGUGAAAUGAAGUCCCCCUCAAUGAGUGAUUUCCUCACUGGGCUGGAGAACUCAGGUUGGUUACGGCACAUUAAGGCUGUGAUGGAUGCAGGUGUCUUCCUUGCCAAGGCUGUGAAAGAUGAAAAAGCUAGCGUGUUAGUCCACUGCUCUGACGGGUGGGAUCGCACAGCGCAGGUCUGCUCCGUGGCCAGCCUCCUCUUAGAUCCGUUUUAUAGGACUUUUAAAGGCUUCAUGGUCCUAAUAGAAAAGGAGUGGAUUGCAAUGGGCCACAAGUUCUCACACAGGUGCGGCCAUUUGUGUGGUGACCCCAAAGAGGUAUCCCCUGUCUUCACUCAGUUCAUUGAAUGCGUCUGGCAGCUCAUGCAGCAGUUCCCGUGCACGUUUGAGUUUAACGAACGCUUCCUUCUUGAAAUCCAUGACCAUGUCUACUCCUGCCAGUUUGGCAACUUCCUAGGGACCUGUCAUAAGGAGCGCGAGGAUCUGAAAAUCUUUGAGAAGACGCAUUCUCUGUGGCCUUUCCUCUUACAGAAGAAGCAGGAAUUGAGAAAUCCUUUGUACAGAGGAUUUACAGCUUACAAAGAGCUUCAACCAAACACACUACCUUUCAGUUUCCAGUUUUGGUGUGGGAUGUAUAAUCGCUUUGAUAAAGGAAUGCAUCCCAAACAGUGUGUAUUGGAUCAUCUGCUAAGCUGCGUGAGCCAAAAGAUGAAAUUGGAGGACAAUGCGUCUGAACUGGAAAAUAAACUUCCUUUCCUUGAUGGUCCUUUGCCCAGUGAAGCUUGCUCCUUAUCUAAAGUAGGACGUGCUGCUUCCAAAACACCGAUGCUCAACACUCCUCAGGAUUACGAAGGGGACCCACCUCCUGCGCUGAGCAAUGGCGCCUCGGCAGGAGUUACGGAUGUUAUGUCGGAUGUGGACCAAAGGAACAAACAGAACCUGUCUCCUCACCAGGACCUCCGUGAUCGUAGCGACACCAUUGACGUGUUGGACUCUGAAGCUAAGGAUGGAAAGCCUCAGCACCAUUGAUGGGCUCAGAGAACUGUGUUCAGUGAACCAGGCGCCCCGGUGGUGAGGCGUAAGGGAGCUGUGCCCCCGCGAGGGCGUAGACCCCCCGAACCAUUUACAGCUAAGUGAGAGUACGUAUGUUUGCAGGGAGCUGUGCUCGCUGUAGAGAAGACGGUCUGCGUUUGGUUUGGUUCGCAUCGUUUUGCAGCUAAAAUGGUGAAAUGCGUACAGAGCUGCCCAGAAGGCUGCCUUGAGUUAGUAUAAACCUUAUUUUUCAGUGGAAACACGAUGUGUGUUUAAGGUUUAUGACUUCCAGCCAGUACUGGUAUUUCAAGCUGAAAGAAAACUUGGCCAAUUAAUGUGGGUCUUAGGACUUAGGACGUGUUUAUAACUGGAGUAGGAAAGAUGCAAUCCAUUUGUUCUCAGUGGCGGUGCAAGGUCAUCUUAAAAUGAUAAAAAAUUUCAGUUCGUUUUAAAAUGAUAAAAAACAAAAUAAUUAAUCUUUUCUUAGCUGUGAAUGAAUCUCUGCAUGGACCCUCACCUUGUGGCAGAUCUGAUUCAUUUUUUGUUUCCUAUGCAUAUUUGUUAAACAAAAACACCCCCCUGUGCCUUUUUAUGGAGACCGUUUUAAUGUCUAGCCACGCAAUGUACUAUUUUUACUAUGGUAGUGUAGAGUGUAGUAUUUGGUCUUCUUUGUAGUCAGUAUUUUUAAACAACAUUUUUUAUCCGCUGCCGGCUUUGCCAGAAUCUUUGCCGAUCCCCUGAGUUUAGUAGCUUCUUUCUAAGCCAGCCUUUCAAAGAAUAAGCUUUUAUGAACCUCAUUUACUGAUUGUGAGGGUGCAGCAAGCCACAAAGCCUGCAACACAUGAAUUUUUGACAGAGGGAGGAUUAGAAAU